ACACCCUCGAUUCCUGCCCCCGUCUUCCCUGCUUCCUUUCCCCUGUCAGCCCACAAAGACGACGCCGAUGCCGAAAGAGUGACAGCAGCAGCAAGUCCUUGCUAGCUGUGAGAGCACUCCGGUGUGUCUUGUCAUUUCUCUCUCUGGACACCUUUUCUUUCGUCCUCUUCCUCUCACUCCAUUAUAUGCUGCGAUCUGUCCCUCCUCAUCUCACCCUCUCAGCGCACACACCUCCUCUUCAGCACACUCCCUUGUGGCCUAGCUUCCUCUUCUUCAUAUCGCGACCGGUCCGGCAGCGCUAAGUCGAUGUUUCCAACAACAAGGGCGGCCGCCGGCGGGCGUCACUUCAUUACUAUUGCGGCGCUCCCAAUUUCAAUAAUCCUGUUCCUGGUCCUCGCUCUCAGCAGCGUCGCACACUCCGACUUGAUUCCCACUCGUCGCUCAGCUUCACACCAUCACAGAUUACUUGGUCCUCGCGAUGCGUAUGCGGUCCAGCGACUGCCCUCGGGCAAGGGUGUUGGACCCCACGUCACCUCGCUGAACAGACCAGCCGGUGCUGAGGGUAGGAACCUGCCUGUGCCCGGUCAUCCUGGUACUGAGGUCUUUACGUGGUACUCCAAGACGCCCCACGACGAGAGCGACGCCCGUGAUGCCUUCAUCAUCAUCCACGGCGUGAAGCGGAAUGCUGACCUCUACUGGAAGAUCCUCAACAACGCCUUUGCCAAAGGCCGUGACGCCAACUUUCCCGGCGCAGACGAGGACUCGAUCCGCGUGGCCCCGCUCUUCUUCUCAGCCGAACGCGACGCGGACGUCGUCAACAGCACCACUCUGGGCUGGGCGGAGCCAAACGCCUGGAUUGGGGGGGACGGAUCUACCAACCCCCCUAACAGCGACGUCAGCGUUUUCACUGUGCUUGAUGGCCUUAUGCAGCGCUUUGCCGACCAAGAGGCGUACCCUAAGCUGGAGCGACUGACCUUCGUCGCUCACGGAGGAGGCGCUCAGGUGCUGCAGCGCUACGCUGUUCUGGGCCAAGAUCCUCCCUCUGAAAGCAGUCUCAAAGUCCGCUACGUGAUUGGCGACCCCUCGACGAUGCUCUACUUCACGCGCGAUCGACCGGUCCCCGUCGAUACCUCUGACCAGGGAUGCCCUGCAUUCAAUGACUUCCGCUACGGCCUCGACGCCUAUUCUGCGCCGUACGCCAUCACCCCUCCGCUUGCACCUGGGAGCCUCUUCCAACGCUACAUGAGCCGUGAUGUUCGCUACCUUAUCGGCAGCAACGACACGCGAACGGACAAGGGCGAUCAAUUGUGUGGUGGGCACGCAGCAGGAGGGACAGCGAGGAGGGACCGAUCGUACAAUUACUGGUCUUACCUUCAUCUCUUGGCGGGGAAGACACCCGUACCAGACUACCCGGGCUGGUAUCCUAGCCUCGAUGCGGGCAAGAAAGGCCCUUCGCCCGACGUAAUCAAAGACAUCGCAUCGAAGGUUGGAGACUCAAAGAAGAGUACAGGCGAUGACGACGAGGACGGAAGCAAGGGCGAGAAGUCGAAGAAGAGGAAGAAAACGUCACACCAGCAGAACAAGGAUGAUGAUGAUGAGGGCAAGGGCGUCAAGAAUGCCUCGCCGCGCGUUGGCAAGAAGACCAGCAAGCAGGAGUCUAAGAAGAUUCACGCUGCGGCUGCUAAGCAUCACCAAAAGCACAACAACAGCAAGAACCAUACCAGUCACAAGGGUAAGCAGGCUCACAAGGCCAAGGACAGCAAGUCUCGCAAGUCCAAGGCCAAUCAUCAUAACGACAGCAACGGAAAGCGGGACGAGGACGAAGACGUGGACGACGUGGGCGACGACCUCGACUUGCUCGAUGAAGACUUCAACGGCGUGCACAUCGUGGAUGGAGAAGAGCUUCAAAAAGACGGUGAGGAGUCUCAUCUCUCAGCUCGAUCAGACGACGAAGCGGACGCCUCCAAGUACCCGGCCUCGGACCCAGUCGACCGAGCAGGCAUGACAGGCUCUCCCUUCAACCACCGUCUUUGGCAUGUCGCUGGAGCAGGGCACAGCGCUUCAGAGGUGUUGGGCUCGCCGGAAGGGCAAGAGGCCAUGUUUGGCAAUUGAAGAGUAGCGUAGAGGCUAGGAGCGCUGGACGCUUUCGCCAGAUCAGUCAUGCGGAUCCUCUCUCUUUGGAGGGAGGAACCAGAUACCCUCCCUAUCCAUCCUCGCUAGCUUGAUGGUUUGCAUAAGGAUCGGCACGCAUCUGCUUCGAUUUCACCAAUUGUUCCACUAUCUAUCGCAGUAAUCAGUCAUCGUUGUCAUUAUUUUCGAUGCAUCUGGUCUCGUCGUCGUCGUCAUCCUAACAGCGUUGGCAUU